CUCAGUGCCGCCGCGCGCGCCGACUGGCCCACGCGCACGCGAAUUCACGCAUCAUUUCGCAAACGCACCCCGACCGAACCCAAACAAAACCAUCCACACCGCAGCCUAUAAAUAACGCUAACGGCUACCAUUGAAGAUCUCGCGAAAUCUGUGCAAAUUCUGUUGUUAUUAUGUUAUAAAUUCCGACAUAAUGGACUAUUAAGAACUUUGGGACCGAAUAAGGAGAGCGCUAGCUGAACGUCUGCGGUGAUUAUUCUUAAUGGUUACUCUUGUUUAUGGUUCAACGGAUUUAGGUCUGUUACAUAGGCCUAUGACGGUAGUUGUGAAAUCACAAUCGAACAUUCAGUUUAAGCUUUCAAGCUUCAUGACGCUCACUUCAAUAAAGUUUGUUGUGCUCAAAGCAGUUCCGUGUUGUACAAAAGGGUAAUGGACGAAAACAUGCAUUACAAUGAAAGGCAGACUCUUACAUUUGAAACAAUGUGUUACACGGCUGUGGUGCGCUAAUGACUGCUAACUGAAGAAAGCUCAGCUCGCGUGUGCCGCGGAUAGUGCAGUGAAUUGUGUCCGGUUUGGAACAGCACUAUUUGCAUAGUUCACUCCUGAUACUGUGUUGACUUAAAUUGAAUUGGAAAUGUAUCGGAACGGACCUCUCACCAGUAGCAGCAGCACCUCGACGUCAUCUGGCUCGUCCGAUCUACGGGUGUCAGGAGCCGUGGAGCUGGCGGACCCAGCCAAUGCUGAGCAGAUCCUGGCGCACUUGCAGAGCUCGGACAGAGCCAGGUUCUCAGACACAAGCUGGCAGAUCCACCGUACAUGGGCGCGCAAUGGGGACCCGCUGCCGCUGUCGCCGCCGCCGGCGCGGGCGCACGCCGCCCCGCUGCCCGCGCCGCCCGGCUCCGCGCCCGCGCCGCUACGCUCCGACCAAAACGGCAUCUAUGACACCAUCACGACGCGUGCCGCGAGCGCUCCUGCGACUCCUGGGACGCCUGCCUUCGCCAGAGAUCAGUCUGGUCCCCGGUCAGCGAGCUACCCUGGGGGCGCGGGAUCGCGGCUAGAUCUUUGCUACGUGGCGGAACGGAUGCUGGCGCUGCAUCUGCCGGACAGAGACGCGCAUGCAGAAGCACAGGCAGCGCAUAUGCUCGCCAAUAAGCAUGGCGACCACUUCAUGGUAUUCGAAGUGAGUAGCGGCGACGGAAGCGGCGAUGGGCGGGCGGCGCGCAGCGUAUUUGGGCGUGCGCGAUCGCUUGGCUGGGCGGGCGAGCUGGCCCCACCACUAGAAAGGCUAUGCGCUGCUUGCAAACACAUAGAAAGCUGGUUAGGAGCGAAUCCGAAGAAUGUCGCCAUUUUAUUAGCCUGGGGUAGCAGAGAGAGGCUCGGCGUACUAGUGGCGGCAUACAUGCACUACUCUGCAAUCUGCGGUGCGCCCGAGCAUGCGUUAGACCGGUACGCUAUGAGGAGGUACCUCGACGAUCGCGUGCCGGUCUUCCACUUGCCUUCAAACAAACGAUACAUAGACACCUUCGCGGGACUCCUGGCUGGACAAAUCCGCGUGAACGCAGCUCCCUUGCACUUAACACACGUGAGCGUGGCCGGCUCGCUGGCCUCGCCCGCCACGCCUACCAUUGCCUUUCUCAAGAUAUACGAGAACUUCAUCUGCGUUUACACGUCAGGUCUCUAUAUGGUGAACGGCGGCGGCUGGACAGUGGGCGUGGGGCGUCUGGCUCUGCGCGGCGACGUGCUGGUUCGCGCGUACCGGCGGCCGGCGCACGCGCAGGCGCGCCGCCAUCUGGUCUUCGCGUGCCAGUUCCACACCUGUGCUGUAGCGGAUCAUACCCUAUCGUUCACCAAGCAGCAGCUUGACCAUGCAGCUCAUGAUCCCUCGUUCCCAAGCGACGGCGCCGUGGAGCUGGUGUUUGCACGGGGCGAUGGUGCAGGCGGCGCGGCGCCGGCUCCCACACCCGCGGCGCCGUUACGGGCCGCUCCUGACGCCCUGGCCAGGGCAGACUCCUUGGAGCACCUGAGGCCGCUGUCGACGCUCACCGAUGAUGACCCUGGUGAGAACAACGGCAGCGCUGAAGGCUCCGGAUCUGGUGGUGAAGCGGGCGAGGGUGCCGAAGCUGCGCACACGUUCGGUCCCCUCGACGGGUCCAUCUACGCGACGGUGGUGCGCGCGGGCGGCGGCGGGCCGUCCUCGCCGCUCAGCGCCUCCAUGGACUCGGGCAUCUCGUCGGCGGGGCGCCGCGCCGCCCCCAGCCCGCCGGACGAGCUCGACGCGCUGCUGGGCGACAUGCUGCGCACCGUGAGCGCGCUGCCCGACCCGCCGCCGGCGCCGCAGUCGCUCGCCGACCGCGCCCCUGACAUACCGUACCACGCGCGCGCCGACUCCGCGCCCUUCACCUACGGAGCGCCCGGCCUGCGCCCCGGAAUGCUGCGCGCGCCCAACCGCCUCGCCAGCCCCGAGCUGGUGCGCCGCGCGCUCGGCGGCGACCGCUCCUACCGCCCCAUCGACGACGACGAUGACGAGCGCACCGUCACGCCCGAACCCUCAUCCCCGAGGACGCCCGUCUCACCCCGGACCGCUAAGAAGCUCACGCACGAGGAUAUCACCACCACCACCACAACAUUACCUCAGAAUACAACUCUACGCAAUGGAAGAUGGUUAAAUGGCGAGGCGGAGUGGGCGGAACGACCGCCGAGCAGCGCGAGAAAAACCCCGGAGAAUGGUACUUGGCGAUCAGCUAGCACGCUCGGCUGGCACGAAAGCUCCCGAGCCCGGGAACCCAGGCGAUCAGAGAGCGCCUUAGAAGGCAACUCGGGCCUAACUUGGUUACAACGACAGCAACAGAAACUUCGAGAACGAAAAGAAGCAAGGGAAAGAGUCGCGCGGCUGCCUCUCGAGUGGGACACGGCGACGCGACAUGUGCGGCGAUCGGCCAGCCAUCGGGUGGACGGCUACACUAGCGACACAACCGCUUUUGCCGACGACGACGAUGACUUCAGCGUGCCUCUACAUGUUAACACGGCACGAACUCCCCUCAGGACUGAUAGUAUUAGUCCUCAAGCUCCAGACAGAACCUCAUCUAGGAAAUUCAUGUAUGAAAAGAUGACGAUGCGCGAGUGGAGUACCAAUACGACACCUACGAGUACUCCCGUGCCAGGUUUAUUGUCACUUGCGGAACCCAUCAACAAUGGCGAUAGUGUAGUUCGCGAGAGGUCCGAGAGCUGGUCGCGCUCGGAGUCGCGCGCGGGCACGCCGGCGUUCCCCACGCACCCUCGCACGCCCUACCCGCCUACGCCCACGCCCUCGCUGAGCGCCCGCCCGCCGCGCUCGCCGCCAGUCACCAGGAAAGAGCGCGAAGGCAGCCCCGAGUCGGAGUACCGCACAUACAACGGCAGCUGCGGCUCGCGGCGCUCCAGCCUGGGCGGCAGCGCGGAACCACAGCACGUGGCGCCCGAGCGCGUGCGCUUCGCCCGCGACACCAGUCACUACUGGUACAAGCCCAACAUCUCCAGGGACGACGCUGUAGCAGCGCUGCAGCCGCUAGAAGAAGGUUCCUUCAUCGUCCGCGACUCGAACUCGUUCCCGGGCGGGUUCGGGCUAGCAGUGCGCGCGGGCGGCGGCGUGCGUCACUUCUUGGUGGAGCCGACGGCGCGCGGCGUGCGCCUACGCGGCUGCCCCGACGAGCCUGUCUUCGGCUCGCUGUCAGCGCUGGUGUACCAACAUACGGUUACGCCGCUAGCGCUGCCGGUGCCGCUGCGGCUGCCUGACAGAGACCCCUGGACGGGUGGCAGCGCAAAUGCCGCUGCGCGUGCACUUCUAGCCACGGGUGCAGCGUGUCACGUGCUGCUGCUAGGCUCGGAGAACACCGAGGCGCUCACCGGGCCCGCCGCCGUCAAGCGGGCCGUGCAGAACCUGCUCGUCAAAAAGGCGCCAGCGCAUGUGGUGCACUUCAAAGUGUUCGGCGGCGGUAUCACGCUGACGGACUCGGCGCGGAAACUAUUUUUCCGGCGGCACUACCCCGCCGCCGGCGUGUCCUACGCCGGACUCGACCCAGACGACCGCCGGUACAUGUACGUCGACGCCGGGAAACAGAGCGAGAAGCGCAUCUUCGCGUUCGUGGCGCGCGCGUCGGUGGGCGCGGACAACCAGUGCCACGUGUUCGCCGAGCUGGAGCCCGAGCAGCCCGCCACCGCCAUCGUCAACUUCGUCAAUAAGGCAUUACUUGGGAACACACAGAAAAAGGACAUCAUAUAAUUUUAAGAAGAAAAGCUACGUUCAGAUAUUUAAAUACAUAUUAUUUUUAUUAUUAUUUAUGUAAUACUCACUCAUUGAAAAGUGUUUAACACAUUUAAUUUUAUAUCAUUUUUUUGGAUCCUGUAAAUUUUUAAAUUUUAAAUCGCUUUAUAUCUAAAAGUUGAGCGAAAUCUAAAAUUAUAUUGAUGUCAAAUUUAGAUUGUGGUAUGUUAUCUGAAAAUGUUUUUGUUUCAAAGUUAAUCUUUCCAAUACGCUUGAUUUUCACCAAGUAGGUACAAUUUAUUAAUCAUUUUUAAUGAAAUGCUAUACAUAAAUUAAAUUUCAAUUAUAUAGAUUACUAUUAAUAUUAGCGUAGGAAAGAAACUAACUAGUCUCAUGUUAAUUUAAUAUAGAGUAGUGAUAUUAUGCGUGCCUAAAUGUUGUUAAUACGAUACAUCCAUAACCUUAGCAUUUGUUCAUAAUAACUUAAAAGAGAAAUAAAAUUUUAUUAAUUACGCAAUAAACGUGUAAUUGCUUUUUCUAGUUAGUUUACAUACCGUGCCUACUAAGCAAAGUACAACGAAUAUUAAAGAAACGUUAGUACAACAUGCUUUUAAAAUUAUCAUAGUUUAUUUAUCAUGUUGCACAUGUUUCAAUAGGAAGCUGCUAAUUACAUUAAAACCAAACUUAUUUAUGAAGACAAUACAAUAAUUUAAUGAUUCAUAUUGAAUUUAUUUCAUUUUGGUGGGUAAUUAUACAAUAAAGGCAAUGUUUUAAUUAUGUACAAUGCCGCGAUACAACGAUAGAGAUAUGUAUGCGUUAAUAAAUGAAUGCAAUUGAGUUAAAAGGUUUAUGUGAAUAUACUAUUUAAUGUUAAAAUAAGGUAAAUAGA